AUGCAAUGCAACUUGAAUCAAACUUGUGUUUUAAUAAUCAAUGGAUGUGAAGUAAAAACUAAAGAAGAUUUUUCACAUUCUAAUAGUUCUUUGCCAAUGUUUUCAAAGUAUAAAUUUUUACCACCUAUUGAAGUUAAGCUACCCCCAAGUUGGUGUGCUGAUCAUGAUACCGACACAACUAAUGCAAUAACCAAUAAUAUAGUCUCUGAAUCCACAUUAGCACUAAAAGAAAAUAAUGAGAAAAAUGAAAUUUGCUCACGAACUCGCUUACUGAUGUCUUUAAACCAAAUGAUGAUUCACAAUUAUCCUUUACCUAGGUACCAAUAA